AUGGCGCCCGGGAACCUCUCGUCUCUCCUCGUCGAGACUCUCCGAACACGCGAUGUGGUCGAGACGCUCAGCGUUGUGCGUGCGCUCGUCAAUUCGCCUUCGGCCGACGAAGCCAUAGCUGCGAUGCGGGGCAUUCCGCGGACGACCGUCUCGGAGAUUUUGCGCUGCUUGGACCCUCUCGAGGCGGGCCAUCGGCUCGAUUGCACACACAGCCUGGUGAUACCUGAUCACCUGCAAGAAUUCAGCCCCGUGGCGUUGGCUUUUGACGAAUUCGGCGUCCGAAAAAUCUACAAGGACCUCUUCACGACCAUGGUCGCCUUUGUCGAGCUGCUGCACCAGGCAGGCCAUCAGCUGAUGCUCGCCGACUACGUUGUUCUGCUGCGGUGCGCCGGAGCGACAUCAGAUGUCACGGCUGCAAAGCGCGUUUGGAAGCUCAUGGAUCUCAACGAAGUCUGGGACCUCCGCGAGGGCCUGGGCUACGACGAGCUCGUGAAGGCGCGCUAUCUCGUGGAGCCUCUCUACCGCCAAUACGACCUCGCGAGGGUGCGAUUGAGGCCCCGAAACCUGAGAAAGGUCAACCGGCCUGACAUGGCCCUGCGAGGACGCCUGGAGAAGCUCCGACUGUACGAGGCACGCUCGAAAUACCACGCCUACGGCAAAUCGCCACACCAGCCAGAACGGGACCUGCACUGGGUGCUCAGCCUGCCAGGACCGCUGAAUCGAAUCUGGUUCAAGAUGCUCAACCAGGGCGUCACCAUCACCGAGAGCCUGCAGUGUUCGUACCUCGUGGCAUGCGGUCGAUGGAAAGACGAGGCGCGGCAUCACAGCCGACAGCCGAAACGUCCUCAUCACGGGCGGUCGCAAAUUCCCCCACGGACACCCCUUGACACCAACACCGCGGCUGCUGAACGCCCUUGUCCAUUCGCUGGGGGCGGCCGGCUACGUCUUGCUCGCGAAGAAGCUCGUCGAGUUCUUCGCGCAGCAGUACAGGCUCGACAUAGCCGCAGCGACCUGGUCCGACCUGCUCAACCACACAUACAUCAUCUCGACGCACCGCGCACAAGUCGAAUGGGGCCUGUACGAAUCCAACAUGGCCGUCAAGAACAGGGCCGUCCGAGCUGA